AUGCCUCCUCCCGUCCAAGCGUUGCUGCUCGACAUGGACGGCGUGCUGGCCGAAGUGUCUCAGUCGUACCGCCAGGCGAUCAUUGACACUGCGCGUCACUUCGGCGCUUCCGUCACCCACGAGGACAUUGAGCGACUCAAACUCGAAGGCAAUGCGAACAACGACUGGCAACUGACGCAUCGGCUCAUUAUUGCCGCCGCCACCAGCAGUAGUACUGCCCCAUCGCUUGAAGUGGUGACUGCCCAGUUCGAAGCCAUGUACCAAGGAGAGGGUACCACGCCUGGUCUCUGCGAGCUCGAGACGCUGGUUACUCCUGUUGGGUUGCUGCAAGAGUUACGUUGCCGACUGCCAAAAGGCAUGGCGGUCGUCACGGGUCGUCCACGGAAAGACUGCGUCGCGUUUCUACGCACGCACGACAUUGAAGAUCUGUUUUCUGUUUUAAUUUGCAUGGAGGACUGUCUGCCGAAACCGUCAGACGAGCCCAUUCGACUGGCGCUCGAAGCCCUCAAUGUGCGUCCAGAAGACGCGGUGAUGGUCGGCGAUACCGUCGAUGACGUGAUCGCAGCGCGCAGAGCCGGCACAGUAGUCUAUGGCGUAUUGACACCACUUGAUCAUGCCAGGUCUGUGCUUGAGCAGGCACCAGCAAGAAUCGAAACAGUGCUGAUGGAAUUGGGCGCGUCAAGGGUAUUGAAGCCCGGACUCGCAGAGCUUCUGGACCUCAUUCCAGCGGUGAAAAGCAACAAAUCAAAAGCAAGUGCUGAGACGAGGCAGCAGACAGCUGGUAAGCGAGAAGCAACCAUCUGUCGUGUGACAAACGAGACAUCAAUCAACGUCAAGUUGUCAUUGGACGGCACAGGCAAGUCCAAGGUGAGCUCGGGAAUCGGUUUUCUCGACCACAUGUUGACGGCGUUGGCCAAGCAUAGCCGUUUUGAUCUCGAGCUCGAGUGCAAAGGCGACACGUGGAUUGACGACCAUCAUACAACGGAAGACUGUGCGCUCACGCUCGGUGAAGCUUUUGAUGCAGCACUCGGGGACCGUGCGGGUAUCGCUCGCUUUGGAUCCGCUUGUGUACCGCUGGACGAAGCGCUGUCGCGCGCUAUUGUGGACAUUUCGAGCCGCGCACACAGCGAGAUCAAUCUGGAGCUAGUGCGUCCGAGCAUAGGCGAGCUGUCGUGUGAGAUGAUUACGCACUUUUUCGAGUCUUUUGCAAGCGCUGCGCGUCUGACGUUGCACGUUGACGUAUUGCGCGGCCGCAACGACCACCACCGCGCCGAGGCGUCCUUUAAGGCUCUGGCUGUUGCACUGCGCAUUGCUAUCAAACAUGACGCCACUGCUGGCGUGCCAAGUACCAAGGGCGUGCUGGCAUAA